GCCCACGCGUCACUUCCGGGCUUCAGCGUUAGCCGGGAUUCCGCGUGUUAACCAGCGCGUUUAUGGCUUCUCUGGAGUCUCCUGGCCCUGAGCGCCAAAACGGCGACAAGGUGGCCGAGGGGCUGCGGAGGGCGAGGUGGCUGUACUGUGGGGAGCCGGACGAGAGGCAGAGAGCUGUGCUUGUCCAGUUCUCCAAUGGGAAGCUGCAGAAUCCGGGCAACGUGCGCUUUACCUUGUACAACAGCGACGACUCGGAAAACCCCAGGAAAAGGAGUCAGCGGAUCCUGGCAGCUGAAACAGACAGGCUUUCCUAUGUUGGAAACAAUUUUGGAACUGGUGCCCUCAAAUGCAAUACUCUCUGCAGACACUUUGUGGGGAUUUUGAAUAAGACCUCCAGCCAAAUGGAAGUAUAUGAUGCUGAAUUGUUCAACAUGCAACCACUGUUUGCUGAUGAGGCACUUGAACCUGAACCUCCUUUGCAGAAUCAGACCAAAACUUUCAGAGAAAAGAUGGACUCUUGCAUUGAAGCCUUUGGAACCACCAAACAGAAGCGAUCCCUGAACUCCAGGAGAAUGAACAAAGUUGGCAGUGAAUCUUUGAAUCUUGCGGUAGCUAAAGCUGCAGAGAAUAUCAUUGAUACAAAGGGUGUGAAUGCUCUGGUCAGUGAUGCUAUCCAGGACGACUUGCAAGAUGAUUCCCUCUACCUUCCUCCCUGCCAUGCUGAUGCAGCCAAGCCUGAAGAUGUGUAUAGAUUUGAAGACAUUCUGUCUCCGGCAGAGUAUGACGCUCUUGAGAGCCCAUCCGAAGCUUUCAGAAAGGUCACAUCAGAAGAAAUACUGAAGAUGAUUGAAGAGAACAGCCACUGCUCCUUUGUCAUAGAAAUGCUGAAGUCUUUACCACUGAGUGAGGAGCGCCGAGACCGCCAGGCCCGAUGCAUCUGGUUUCUGGACACCCUCAUCAGAUUUCGAGCUCAGAAAGUGAUAAAGGGAAAAAGUGCCCUGGGACCUGGAAUCCCCCACAUCAUCAACACCAAGCUGCUUAAGCACUUCACCUGCUUGACUUACAACAAUGGCAGUUUACGGAACUUAAUUUCAAAUUCCAUGAAGGCAAAGCUCUCUGCCUAUGUGAUCAUACUUGCCUUGCACAUAGGUGACUUCCAGAUUGACCUCACAGUGUUACAGAGGGACUUGAAGCUCAGUGAGAAAAGGAUGAUUGAGAUAGCAAAAGCCAUGAGGCUGAAGGUUUCCAAAAGAAGGGUGUCGCUGGCAGAUGGCCGAGAAGAGGAUCACAGAAUGGGCACUCUGUCUAUCCCGCUGCCCCCAGCCCAGAAUGCAGAUCGGCAGUCAAAGCGGAAGAAGAUUACCUAGAUGACAGUUUUCCAGAUGGGGCAUUCUGGACACAUCACAGCCACUUCUGUUCACUUCCAUUUUUAUUUUUUAAAAUGGAAGCAGGGGCUGGAGAGGUAGUUCAGCAGUUAAGAGCACCUACUCCUCUUGUAGAGGAACUGGGUUUGAUUCUCAGCACCAUCAGGUGGCUCACAACUGCCUGAAACUCCUGCUCUAAGGGAUCUGACACUCUUUCUUGGUGUCCACAGGCUCUGCACUCAUGUUCACAAACCCACACACAGAAACACUUGAUGUAAAAAAAUAAUAAAUUUAUAUAAAAGG